UGAGAUGCCGAGCAUUCUGCUUCCUGUCUUGUUGCACGGCAACACUUAACAACACCACAACCACCGUCACAAAAUACAACGAACCUGGAGACGGACAGGAGAAAACACUGCGAUCAGUUCAAUUCAUCGUCUGGAAAUACAUCUGUAACCAUGAGUCAGCGACAGAUCAUUCAAGUUUUUGAACAGUACCAGAAAGCACGGAUGCAGUUUGUGCAAACUGUUGCUGACCUGGCAUCGAGACCACAGAACAUAGAAAUCCUUCAUAAUGCUGGUGUGAUGUCCAUGCUGCGUCCCCUGAUGUUGGAUGUGGUCCCCAGCAUCCAGCAGACAGCAGCACUAGCUCUGGGCCGCCUGGCAGACCACAGUGAUGACCUGGCUGAGGCCGUGGUGAAGGAAGACAUCCUGCCACAGUUGGUCCACUCUCUGUCCUUGCAGAAUAGGUUCUAUAAGAAGGCAGCAGCAUAUGUGCUGCGUGCAGUUGCCAAACACUCCCCUGAGCUGUCCCAGUCUGUGGUGGCCUCUGGUGGAGUUGAUGCCCUGGUCCUUUGCCUGGAGGAGUUUGACCCCGGGGUGAAGGAGGCCGCCGCCUGGGCUCUAGGCUACAUCGCACGACACAACGCCUUGCUGGCUCAGUCUGUCGUGGAUGCGGGUGCUGUGCCCCUGCUGGUGAUGUGUCUUCUGGAGCCUGAGCUGGCCCUCAAACGCAUCGCAGCUUCCACCCUCAGCGACAUCUCCAAACACACACCAGAACUGGCCCAGACUGUGGUGGACAAUGGUGCCAUCGCACACCUGGCACAGAUGAUCCUCAACCCAGACGCCAAACUCAAGAGGCAGGUGUUCUCAGCCCUCAGUCAGAUCAGUAAACACUCGGUCAGCCUGGCAGAGCUGGUGAUAGAGGCUGAGAUCUUCCCUGCAGCAGUGGCCUGCCUCAGAGAUCCAGAUGAGUAUGUCAAGAAGAAUGUCACCACCCUGAUGAGGGAGGUGGUACAACACACACCAGAGCUGUCCCAGGUGAUUGUGAACUGUGGCGGCAUGGCAGCAGUGAUCGACUAUCUGGGCAAUUGCAGUGGAAACCUGAGGCUGCCGGGGAUCAUGAUGCUGGGAUACGUGGCAGCUCACAGUGAGAACCUCGCUAUGGCUGUCAUUCUCUCCAAGGGGGUGCCACAGCUGGCCCUGUGUCUGUCUGAAGAGUCUGACCAUACCAUGAAGGCGGCCACAGUCUGGUCCAUCGGCCAGAUAGGUCAUCACACCCCUGAGCACGCCAGGGCAGUGGCCACAGCGAACCUGCUGCCCAAACUGCUGGAACUCUACAUGGACGCCAGCAGCUCAGAGGACCUGCAGGCUAAAUGUAAGAAGGCUCUGAAGAGUAUCCUGCAGAAGUGCACCUACCUGCCAGGUCUGGAGCCGCUCCUCUACGACGCUCCAAGCAACAUCCUCAAACAUGUAGUGUGCCAGUUCAGCAAGGUGCUGCCUCAUGACAGUAAGGCUCGCCGUCUGUUCGUGACCAGCGGGGGACUGAAAAAAGUGCAAGAGAUCCAAGCUGAGCCUGGCUCCCCUCUACAGGAGCACAUCAAUGCUAUCAACAGCUGUUUCCCUGAAGAGAUAGUCAGGUAUUACUCCCCUGGCUACUCUGAGGUCUUGUUGGAGCGGUUAGAGAACUACCAGCCGGCCUAACGUCACUUCACCCUGUUCAAACAUUACCAUGUAGCUGUACCAUUCAUAUGCCUUCAGAGUAAAUUUAAGCUGUUUUAUCAAAAA